AUGAAUCAAAAGAAAAAAAAAAGAGUGUUUUCAUUUUAAAUUAAAAAUUUAACAAACUAGUAAUCAGAAUUGUUUGAUAAUCAGUAGUUAUCAAAUAGAAAAUAAAAUGAAUAGACAAAUAACAAAGUAUUUCAUAAAAUAUUGGCUUUGAAUGAGAUUGAUUAAUUCUAUUCUCCAAAAGAAUCUGGUUCUACAACAUAGAGAUCAAUGUCUAGACUUCGAAAGAAUUCGAUUAGUCCAAAACAUUCAUAUAUAUAUUCAAGGAAAACAAUUCAAACUCCUUUAACAAUUAGAUCAUCAUUAACAAUGUUAAAUCAAUUUGAAUAACAGUUUGCUGAUAGUAUUUAAUGUAAUGAAUAAAUUGGUGCUAUUGAAAGUAAUUAAAUUUUUUGAUAAGGUUUGCUUAACUUGAUGGUAAUUGCAGUUGAAUAAGAUAGCAUAAGUUUACUCAUAACUUUUAUGCGUUUAAGUGCUUUAACAUUUAUAUCAUUUUAAGAAUGGACUAAAGCUCUUCUUUUUUUAUAACAUUGCAAAUUUCUAAGUGAAUUUACAAGAUAAUUUGAUGUUAUAUAAUGGACAUUUCUUUAGAUUGGAAUUAUAUGUAAAUAUGUUAAAAAAUAUGAUAUGGGUAAAAUAUUCAUUAAAAAGGUAAUUUGCUAUAUAUAUUCAGUCAUUGGAAUAUGCGUGGCAUUUAAAAGAUAUCGAUUAAGAAAUUAUUUGUUACGAAGAACUUGGUAAAUUAUGUUUUCUUAAUUAUGAAUUAAAAACAGCUAAGUCUUUGCAUGAAAAAAGUAUGAAAGGUACUGUGGAAAAAGAUAAAUCUGCAAUGAAAAUGGUUUCAUCUAAAGGAAUGUAAUAGAUUAUUAAAAUGUUACCAUAAGAAGAAACAAAAAUGGGAUUAUACAUAUUUUCUAAAGCUGUAAAUUUUCCCAUCAAAUUGAUUUAAUGUUAAAAUCCUCUUUAUUAUUAAAGAAGAUAAGUGAAAAAUGAAUAUAUGAUAUCACAUAAUUUAGAAUGCAUACCUAAUCAAAGAGUUAUUGAUAUUGAUAUUUCAUUAGAUGAAAUGUUACAACAAUUUCUUAGAGGUAAAAAUUUUGCUUUUGAAAUACCAAUACCUAUAUCUAUUGCUGAUGAGUAUGAAAGUAUGAGCCAAAAUAAUUCUAUUCCUAAAAUAUAAAAAUUAAAAUAAACAUAAACUGCAACUUUAAUAAAAUUAUCAUCCUUAAAAUUACAUCCAACUUCAAAUAAGUAACCAACUAUUAAAUUAAAUGAAUUUUAAAAAAAACUACCUCUAGAAGAAAUGAUCAGAUAACGUUUAGAGAUGAAAUUUGAAAUCCCAUCAUCUUUUACAGAAAAUUUAAGAAGCAGAAAAUUUGCUACUAAUUUAGAAUUAAUUCGAUUAACGCAUGAAAGGGAUGGAAUUGCUUUGAGUGUUGAACAUUAAAAAAGAGGAUUAGUUAGAUAUGCAUAAAAAUUGCUAAGUUAAUAAAAAAUUACUUUCCUAUGA